AUGUUUUCAGCGCGUGCGUCCACCGAUGAAGCCGCCGCGUAUGACGAGGGCAAACAUCUGGGCGACUCCAUCUUUUUCUACGAUGCCCGCACGACAACGAGUAUGGAAGAGAUGCGGAGAUCGCUGCUGGAGCGGUGUUUCCCAGGGGACGGUGUGGGCUCCGGCUGUCUGAGUCUCCUCACGACAGCCGUGACACCCGCCAUGCUGGCACUGCCGAUGGCCUUCUCUGUCGGUGGCUUGAAGUUCGCCCUUGCAUGCAUCACUUUCUGUAUUGCUAUGACCAUUAUGUCGGUCCGUUUUCUCGCCCUUGCCUCAGCUUCAGCUGCGUCGGACGAUUACGAGUCUGUCGCUGGAUUCUUCCUCGGAGUGAAAGGGAAGUGGUUCGCACGGUUUGUGCUCUUCUUGUACAAUUUCGGAAGCGGUGUUGUCUAUCUAUGUUUCCUGAAGGAUGUCGUUAUGAGCAUUAUCAGCGUGAAAGGAACCUUUCUCCCCAUCUGGCUGCAAGGUUCUGUGGGGGGCAUUCUCGCUUUUUUGCUUUUUGUGGCAUGCGUCACACCUUUCACAUUUAACUCCCGCCUAGCGUCGCUUCGGACAAUGGGAUUUGCUAGCAAUAUACUGACGACAUUCAUCAUUGUGUCGAUCAUAUACCGCUUAUUUGUUCCACUGGGGGAUCCCGAAGAGGGGACGGUCGUCGGCGGCGGUAGCACCGAGGUGGCUGUGAAAGAAGGUCAACAAGACCCGGCCCGGUGGGAACUGAUAUUGCCGUAUUUGUUUGCAGCCCCGAUUUUUGUCUUCUCAUAUGAGGUGCAGUCGAACGUCAUGGGAGUGAUCAAGGAUCUGCACGAUCGCACGGGAAAGCGCAUUUUUGUAUGCAUAUGUUUGGCCCUCACCUUUGCCACCGCGUUUUAUCUUCCGCUGGGUAUAUUCGGCAGCCUCUCUUUCCCUCAUAUGUCGCAGGGUAAUAUUCUUGCUCUGUACGAUGUGAAACGUGACAAUCUUAUGUUUGUGUGUCAAGCUUUUUGCUGCUACAGUGCAGCUGUCUCUUUUGUCUUCUGUAUGUUUCCUUGCCGUUUCGCGGUGUAUAUGCUCCUUUCCGAUGGGGCAUCGUCAAAAGUUCCAAAAAAGUACCGUAUUCGAAUCGGUGUCGCACUGGCGAUUGCAGGCACGUGUUGUGCCAUUUUCCUCCCUGAUGUUGCAAAGGCAGUCUCUUUGCUUGGUUCAUUGUUCAGCUCAACACUCUCGAUGACCAUGCCGGCAAUGUUUGCGUUGAAAAUGCGAUGGAGUGGGACAUACCUCACGUCAACACUGGACGGGUGUCUUAGUUGGUUCUUUUUGUUUCUUGGUGUCUUUAUGUCGGCAUCGGGAACAUUAGUAGCGUUGCUAGAUGCCUUGGGCCUUGCACGUCACGUUUGA